UAAAUAGCGGGUUAUUGUCGGUCCGCCAACGGUCACACUGAAUCGAAACAUCCGAAUUUUAAUUUAAAUUGCAAUCGGUCGUGCUGCUGCGCUGGUGGCUACAAACGAAUUCAAAAACAUUAUUUUUUUUGCGCCUAUCUUAUUAUUGUUGCUGUGGAGCUGAGCUAACGAAUUUGUUGCCCACUAUUGUUAACGCCCCCCCGCAAAGCAGUGAUUGCAAAAUUAUCGCAAAAGCAGUGGCAAAUAAGAAGGGAAGACCAACAAGUGCGCUAACACACACACACACACCCCCACAACAAACGCCGAAAGAAUCGCGAGUGCGUUUUUUUUGCAUCAAUUGAAAGCGAAUCGCAUGUGAAAAUAGACUUAACGAACGGGCGCAACAAAAAAGUGGAACGAUUGCAGCAAAUUGUUGCGCACGAAAAUAACAAAACAGCUGUGCGCCUGUUUGUUUUAGUUGUUUGCAUCUGCGUGGGAGAGCAAAAGGAGUGAGGGAGAAGCAGUGAGCGGCUGCAUUUGCAAACAUCUGCGAGACAGAGAGAGAGCGACAUCAUGACCGACCUCAACGAAUUGAUGGGAUCCCCUUUUGUGCGUGUGAAGCUGGUGGCCUUUGUGCACUUCUUCUUCGUCUCGAAUGCCAUGCUGGGAACAUGGGGCCACGGGGCGUAUGAGUUCUACAAUUUUCUAUUCUUCAUCGCCAUGUUUUGGACAAUGCACAGCAAGGACUCCAUCGAGGCGGUGCAAACGGCACUCGUCAUCAACGCUUCUAGCAUUUUCUUUGAUAUAGUCAGCAUCGCCCUCCAUUAUGGUAUCAUGAAUGGCUGGGCCGUGGCGUUUAGCAUCAUCAAUCUGGUCCUGCGUCCGGUGAGCGUGGCCCUGCUCUAUCGUGAGUUCAACACCAGGGGCGGCACUCUGCAGACGGGAUCGGUCUUCCCCACCAGCCAGCAGCGCAGCUACCAGGACAUCGACCGGCCCACCCAGCCCACUCCGACCAACUCGCAGCCCGGCCCCAAUGUGGCCAGCAUCUUCUAGGCUCGCCAAGACCCUUCCAAAUACCUAGAACCGCAACUGCAACUGUAACUGCAACCGUAACCAGACAGCGGAUCGCAACGGAUCCCAACGGAACAGCAAAGACAACCUAUUUAGAAAGACUCCACUAGUCAGUUUCGCUGCAUGAUAAAAAAUGAGAAAAAUUCCCCGUAAACGCGAAUCAAAAUUGUAUGUGUAUACAUAAAUCUGUGUGUGUUUUUUUUUUGUGUGCAAACGUUGAUUGUUAGUGCAUUAUUGUGAACAAAAAAACAACGAUUAAGGUUAAGCAUUGUAGUUAAAUAUGGAAUCGGAAUUUCAGAAAAAAGAAAACUGUGCGUGUUUUUCUUGUCCCAUAUACACUCUUUUUUUUUUUACAUUGUUAACGAAUAAAGACGGCUAAUCAAAUAAAUGAUAUAUAUUUAUGUUUAUAUUCGUAUUUGUAUAACAAAGAUUACAAUUCUACUUUAUCCUAGAUAACGUUAACGCUAACUGUAAACUGUAAACCCAACUGAAUAUUCGAUAAAUAAAAAGCGGGCGUCAUCGUUUGUAAAACAAUAAA